AUGUUUAUGAAUUUCAUUAAAGAAGCCAUUUGUGAUAAUAACGAUGAAGUGUAUAAAUACCUUCUCGGCUGGAUUGCAUCAAUGAUUCAACAUCCUGGAAUCAAGAAUGAAACAGCAAUUAUUUUGAAAGGACUUCAGGGAACAGGUAAAAACAGAUUUACAGACAUUAUUUCUGAACUUCUCGCCGGUUAUUCAUGUAAAAACAUUACUGAAAUAAGUGAGCUAACGGGUAAUUUCAAUUCAGUAGUUGAGAAUAAAAUGUUUCUUGUACUUAAUGAACUCAAGAAUGUAGGUGAAGAUAGACUCGCAAACUUCAACGCUUUGAAAUCAAUUAUUACGGAUAAUGAGAUUAGAAUUAAUGAAAAGAAUCAACCCAGAAGAACUGCUCAGAAUGUUGCAAACUUCAUUUUGGUAACUAAUAACGUUUACCCUGUCAAAAUUGAAGUUGGAGACAGAAGAUACGUAGUUUUAAGAGUUAAUGGUAAAUUCAAGGGUCAAUUUGAUUACUUCAAGAAUUUGAUGGAUUCAUGCACAAAGGAAUUUUAUGAUAAUUUACUGAC